UUCUCACUUCUUCUUUGAUCACUCCUGUCUCUUUCAUUAUCUUGAAUCCUAUUAAUCUGAUUUCUUCAUCAAACUUUACUUAGUUUUUUUUUUUUUUUUUUUUUAUCCUAAACACCAAGAACUGUUAAACUCCUCCCCUAUCUUUCUCCACAAUCCCAGCAACAAAACCCAAAACAACAAAAUAUUCUGUUUUUUUUAGAUCAUGUUUUCAUCUCCUUACCUCUAUUCUUUUGCCCUCUUUCUCUCUCUUUCUAUUCUUUUCUUCUUCUUCGCCCCUCAAAUUCUCCCUCCCAAACACUCCCAAUCCAUCCCCUCCCUCUCUGACGACCUCGACGAUCUCUCCCUCUUCCGCAACGCCGUCGCCACCCAACAACAAACCUCCGCACGCUCCGCCGUCUCCUCCAAAAUCUCCCAUUUGUCCUUGUCAAAUUCCAAGCCCAAAAUCGCCUUCCUCUUCCUCACCAACUCCGAUCUCGUCUUCGCUCCCCUCUGGGCCGCUUUCUUCUCCGGCAACAAAAACAAAAACCUCUUCAACAUCUACGUCCAUGCCGACCCCUCCGUCAAACUCAGCCACCCUCACCGCCUCUUCAACCACCGCUUCAUUCCGGCCAAAAAAACCCAACGCGCAUCGCCGACACUGAUCUCCGCCGCCCGGAGACUCCUUGCCAACGCGCUCAUCGACGAUCCGUUGAAUCUCUACUUCGCGCUUUUGUCUCAAAGCUGCAUCCCUCUCCAUUCUUUUCAAUAUAUUUACCAUUCCCUCUUCGGAAAUUCUUUAAAUCUCUUCCGCGCUUUCGCCUCUCAACAUAAACACAAAAGCUUCAUCGAAAUUCUCGAUGACGAUCCCAACUUGCCGGAGCGUUACAUUGCCCGAGGGGAGAACACGAUGUUACCCGAAGUCCCGUACGAGCAGUUUCGAGUCGGAUCUCAGUUCUUUAUUAUAUCGAAACGCCACGCGUUACUUGUGAUAAAAGAGAAGAGAUUGUGGCGGAAGUUUAAACUUCCGUGUUUGAAUUUGAAUUCUUGUUAUCCGGAGGAGCAUUAUUUUCCGACAUUGUUGUCGAUGGAAGAUCCGACGGGUUGCAGCGGUUACACGCUGACGAGAGUGAAUUGGACUGAGAGUGUCGACGGGCAUCCGCAUACGUACCAGGCGGCGGAGGUGUCGCCGGAGCUUAUUGACACGUUGAGGCAGUCGAAUUCGAGUUAUUCGUAUUUUUUCGCGCGGAAAUUCUCGGCGGAGUGUUUGAAGCCGUUGAUGAAGAUUGCAAAUGAUGUCAUCUUCAAGGAUUGAUGGAGAAAUCAAACUAAGGAUGAAGAAAGAGAUGAACUUGAGGUGUUGGAGUGUGAGUGUUUAGGGGACGUAAGUCAUCCCAAAAACACAAAAUAAUGUUGGUGUUGGCGUAGAUAGAAAUAGUGUAAUUUUGUUAUAUAUGGAAGAUGGGUGGGGGCUUAGCGUGGAGUGUGAAAAGCAAUGCAAAGGCAAAGGCCCAUUGCUUUCUGUUUCUGUUUCUCUCUGUUUUUUCUUGUUACUCUCUCUCCCAUUUGCUCCUCCUUCCACUUCCAGUUCUACCAAAGGUGCUCUGAUAUUGUAUAUUGUAGCAACAACAACAUUAUUAAUUAAAUGCUAUUGGGAAUUGUAAUUA